AUAUAUGCAGUUUACACGGACAAUGCAAGCUUCGUUUAUGUUUAAAAAAAAAAAAAAAAAAACCCUCAUCAAAUCCCUGCAAGUGUAUACUGAUUUUAAUCCCAUAACCCGAGCUCGUUUGUAAUCUCAAACUCAUAAUCUUUUUUUUUUUUUUUUUAAAUAUAUUUUCAAUACACUCGGCAAUACUUCGCCUAUGUCUCUUUAAUAAAAUAAUCAAGAGACUCGAGAGUUUUAGAUAUAAAAUGGAGCCUUUAUAUUUGUAAGGCAUGUAUUUCAUUGAGCAGAAUGUGUAUUUUUAUUCUUUUGAAACACCUAGAUGUACCCAAAGUGUGUCUUUGAUAUUGCAUAAGACUGAGCGAUGUACACGUUUUGUUUUUGUGAGUCCUUUCUAAAUAUAGAGUGAAAUCAUUCACUAUAAAAUCAACAGGUAGAUAGCGAACAUCAAUUUUGUGUGAAACUCACGUACACGAAAACAUACCUGAAAGAGGGGCCGGAGAACCUUCGACACGGAAAAUGGUACUGAAGUGGGCCGGAAUUGUUUUAGUUGUUGCUGUAGUUGUCAUAUAUUUCACAAAGAAAGAAAAUAUCACAGAAGACCUCACCCCACUGAACUCAUCCUACGAUUACAUUAUAGUGGGUGCGGGAACAGCGGGAUGUGUCCUCGCAAAUAGACUUUCAGAAGAUGCAGACUCAUCCGUGCUUAUUAUAGAAGCUGGGGGUUCCGAAGAUGAAAACAUGAACAUCAGUAUCCCCCUCGGCCAGGGAUCUACUCUGCUUUCGAAAGAAGACUGGAAUUUCCGAACAGAACCUCAAAAGAAAGCGUGUUUGGCGAUGCAUGACAGGAAAUGCGCUUGGCCACGAGGGAAAGUGCUCGGGGGCUCUAGUAGCUUAAACGCCAUGCAGUAUGUCCGCGGCAGUCGUCAUGACUACGAUGGCUGGGCAAAGGAGGGAUGCACGGGGUGGAGUUACAGAGACGUUCUGCCAUACUUCAUUAAAUCUGAAGAUAUUCAGAUCCCAGAGCUUCAAAAUUCAGCUUACCAUGGAAAAGGGGGUUAUUUGUCCGUCAGUGACGGGACCGCCACGCCCCUCAAUAAGAAUGUAUAUGCUCGAGCAAUGGAGGAACUUGGACACCCUAUUACGGAUUGUAAUGGAAAAUCACAAAUAGGUUAUUGCUCAUCUCAAGAAACGACAAGAAAUGGAGCGCGCGAUAGCACCGCCAAAGCCUUUUUAAGACCCGCCAUGAAACGGAAGAACCUGCAUGUUUCCAUAAAUUCCCAUGUGACAAAGAUUCUAAUUAAAGACAAGAGGGCAGUUGGCGUAUCAUUUGUGAGAAACAACAGGAAACAUUCAAUAAUGGCGAACAAAGAGGUGAUUGUUUCCGCGGGAACAGUCAGUUCACCCCAGAUUCUGAUGCUGUCUGGAAUAGGACCAAAGGAACACCUAAAAUCCAAAGGGAUCACAGUGAAGGCCGAUCUACCGGUUGGAGAAAAUUUACAGGACCAUGUUAUGACAUUUAUGGAUUUCCAUGACAAUACCACAAGCAUGGCGACCAUUGACGAGAUUAUGUCACCUGUGACCAUAAUUCAAUACCUGGCAUGGGGAUCAGGUUUCCUUACCAAGAGUCUGUUAGAGGGCACAGCUUUCCUGACAGAUGACGAGAAGAUCCCGCCACAUCUUCAGUUUCAUUUCUAUAGCCUUAUGAUUGACCCAAGAGUCACUUCUAUAAUGUUAGAUGUUCUUAAUAUUGACACGAAGCUGAAAGAUGGUAAGGAAAAGGAAUAUCAAAGGAAUAAAGACAGAAAUAUAGGGACAUUUUCCAUACUCCCGAUUCUUCUCCAUCCCAAGAGUAGAGGAACAAUACGCCUUCAAAGCAAUGAUCCUUUUGAUCCGCCUCUCAUGGACCCAAACUACCUCGAUCACCCAGACGAUAUAAAGACAUUCUUAAGAGGAGUGAGAGAAGUCUUAAGGUUAGGCAGCACUAAAGCUUUCAAAUCAAUUGGUGCCUCAUCACAGGAUCCUUUAAAAGCAUACAAUCCUCAGUGCGACAAUCACUCUCCAGAUUCCGAUGAGUACUGGAUUUGCAGAUUAAGGCAUCAUACAUAUACAGUUCAUCACCAGACGUCCACAUGUAGAAUGGGAGCUACAAAUGACCCAAAUGCAGUGGUUGAUCCUGAGCUCAGAGUGAGGGGUAUUCAAAAUCUACGAGUUGUCGAUGCUUCCGUCAUGCGUAAUGUGCCAUCCGGUAAUACGAAUGCUCCAACAAUAAUGAUUGCAGAAAAAGCAGCAGAUAUGAUAAGAAAUAUAGACAGUGUAAAGUCUAUUCGAGAGAAAACGGAUCAGUUGUAAUUCGUGAUGAUGUGAUGACGAUGAUGAUGAUGGUAGUGAUUGUGGGCGGAGUGUAAGGAGAAGAACCAGUUCGGAUUGGAAAAUAAUAGUUCCCAGUGAUGAACUAAGCAUUGACACGAUACAGUUUCAGUGCAUUAAGUUCCUGGAACUUUUGUUUAGUAACGUAUGGUUUGUAUCAGUGACAUGUAUAUGAUGAUUUACAUUUUAAUCAUGACUAGAAGUAGAAACAUGAAUUCGAUUUCUCUUAAAAGAGGGUAUGAAUGUGAAAUUGAAAAUGAGAAAUGAAUAAUAUCACUUCAUUUUCUUGUAACCAAGUACUCCGAAAUAACCCCUUCCACCAUUUUUUUUUGAAAGAUGGUCGUGUAAGGUGUUGAAAAGUCAUACGUUUUGAUGUUGUUGAUUUGAGAAAAGUGUUUUUUAAAAUUUCAUAUUUACUAAAAGUUCUUUAUAUAGAAUAUUUCUUUAAUGAUCAAAUUAUUUCGUGCUGGUUACAUGAGAUAUUGAGUACAGUGGAGAGAGGGAGAGAAUGAAAGAUAUUUCUAUGGUUCAUGAAUUGUACUAUGAAAGUAAAACCAAAAGUAUACAAUUUAAUCAUCUUUCUGACAGUGGAUUGGUAAAACAAUGAUAUUUUCAAAAGAUGUUAAAUCGAAAUUGAUCUGUAUACUAUCAAAUAUAUAAGACAAAUGUAUUUUCUAUUCUAUUUCUGCAUAAAACAUACAAACUAUGAAAUAAACAGGUUUUGAUAUAGUCAAACAUA